UCUGGGCGAUUCUAGGUUAUGUCGUUAACGUUAUACAAAUCUAAUUGUAAAAUGUAAAAAUCUGACAACAAAUAUAAAAUUACACAAUCAUGUCGCUAUUUCCCGCAUUUUCUGAUGCAAAUGCUAAAGAGAAGCAAGAAAAAGACGAUAAUAACGAUGAAAACUGGUUAAAAAAUUCGAGUUUUAAAGUAGAUAUUUCAAAAUUAAGUUUGUUAGUAAACAAUGAAGGAGAAAAUAAAAAUAUUAAAGAUAAAGACCCCACAAAAAGAAAUAAGUCUUCUCAGAGAAAAGAAGAAUCAUCUAAGAAGCAUAAAAAAAAGAAAACUGAAGAAAACCCAGAAAACUUAAUAACAAAAUCUGAUGAAUUUGUAAUUGAUAAAACCUCAACGAAGGAAUAUUUUAGUGUUAAUACAAUUUCAAGACCGGCAGUGCCUAAGUAUGAUAGGAAAUAUUCAAUGUUUAAAAAAAAUCGUUUCAAUAACAAACGAUAUAAACGAUACUUUAAACUAAAACUUUUUGGUGAAGAAAUUAAAGAUAAUGCAAUAAAAAAAGGAGAUUUAGACAAAAAAAUUGAGAUUAAAAAGAAUGAAAGUAUUUCUGGAUUUAGUGAAGAAAUAAAUUUAACCAAAACAACACAAGAAUAUAACCAAAAACUGUCCCAAAAUCCUUUAGAUGUACAAACUUGGAUUGAUUACGUGCAAUUUCAAGAUACAGUUUAUAAUUUUGAGAAAUGUAAUAAAAAAGGUAGCAUUGCAAAGGGAAAUCGUGUAACUGCCGAUAGAAAGCUUUCAAUCCUCGAUAAAGCUUUAACCCAUCUUCCAAAUAACGAAAAACUCCAACGAGAACGCUUAAACGUUUGUGUGAACGCAUUCCCAUCGGAUGAACUCAACAUACAUUUAGAAAAAAUGGUGGAAAAAGAACAAAGCAACAUAAUUUUAUGGCAAGGUUAUAUAGAAUCAAAGCAAUGUUCCAUGUCUCAUUGUAACACCCCAACAGUCCUAAAAUUAUACACCAAAUGUCUUUCGACUUUACACCAAUUACGUCGAACUGCUAAAGUUGAAAAAUCAAUUCUCGAAGAGAACAUUUUAAGGAUGUUGUAUCAAUGUGGUUUAUUUUUAAAACAAAGCGGUUUAUUCGAACAGUUAUGGACGUUAUUACGGAUGUAUUUAAAUUUGAAUUUAUCUCAUCAAGAGAAAAGUAAUAUUUUUAACGGAAUUGGAAACGGAAGUGUUAACGAUCGGGAAUUAUUAAAACUCGAAGAGAUCGUUUUAAAUUCUAAAUUACCUCUGCACGAACUUUGGUUGAGAAUUGAAAAAUUACGCGAAGCUUGUCAUUGGGUACCUUUUAGCGGAGAUGAAAAUUGCGAAGAUCCACAAAGGAUGGUUUUUGUGGAGGAUGUGAACGAGUUAAUUCAUCCAAUUACGAUGCCUGGGAAUACUUUUAAAAUGACUGCGAUUAGUUUAACUUUAUUAAAGGUCCCACUUUUACCAUGUAGACACACAACAAUGAAAAAUUUCGGUUUAGAUUAUGUCCCAUGGUCGUUGGAUUCAAUUGAAACGAUUGUUUUGCCAACAUUUUUACGAACGCAUCAUAUCGAUUUAACAAGUCAACACUUUUUAAAUUAUUUAAAAAAAUUUACCGUUGGUCCCCAAUAUCUAAAACAAUUUCCUGGGCAAGAAGAAUACUUAAAAUCGAUUCUUGAAAUAAUCUCUUUAUCGAUAGAGGCUUUAAAUGGAGCUGAAAAGACUGCAAUUGCAGUUUGGAUGUUGCGUUUUCACCGAGUUCUCUUAGUUUUGGAGAGAAAAGGGUUUUUAAACAUUUCAAAAGAGUUACAAAAAAAAUUGAAAUCGGAUCGAAAGAAUUUAUUGAAGAAUUCGGGAAAUAAUAUUAUUUUAUACGUUGAGUUUGGUUUAAUUGAGAUUUUUACGAAUGAUGGUGUUGAAAAUGGGGUGAAUGUUUUAAUGGCGACUUUAAAGAUGCAGGAUAAUUUCCGUUCGAUUGAUUUAAUUGGUGAUCGAUUAUUAAGAAGUUCUUUAUGUUUUGUUUAUAAAACUUUAAUGGAGAUUUAUUUAAAUGAAGAUGAUCGUGAAAAAACUUUGGAGUACGGAUUACGAUUAGCAUUAGGGAUCAAUCUUGAAAGAAAUAUUCAAAUAUCUGAGUCAUCGCUUAACGAGGCAACACUAAAAUUUAAACACGUUACGAUAAAAUUGUUUCAAAAUGAUGAUGAUUCAAUAAUUGAAACAGUUGAGCAUUUCUUACCGAAUUUUUUGAUUGAUUGGAUAACUUGUCAAGCGAUUUUUAUGUAUUACACCAAAGGAAUUGACGAAACUAAAAGAUUUUUAGACGAGAUUUUAUUAAAUUUCGAAUCGAAAGUUUUCGAAAAAGAAAUUAUACUCGAAUUUUACGUUUCCCUCGUUUUUAAGGAUCGUCUAAAAAAUGUAUCACCACAAAAAAUAACAAACUUAAACGACUUAUUGUUUAAAAGCAUCGUUUCUUAUCCAAACAACGUCUUUUUUUUAACGAUUUUAUCAAAAACAGAAAAUCUUUCUUGUUCGAUUGGGAAAAAUUUUUGGAAAUUAAAACGUUUAUUAACCCAAACGGGGCACGCAUUUCCAAAUUUAUUUUUAAUCCUCAUUGAAAUGGAAAAAAUUAAUAUCAUCGAAGAAACUUGGGUAGAAACGGUCACAAAUGGGUGCUUAAAAAAUAAAAUAUCUUCGUUAUUUCGCGAUUUAACAAGUUCUGGCGUUUGUACGAGACGGUGCGGAUUAAUUUGGAGGUUGUAUUUGCAAUUUUUGUACGAGAAUUACGACGCUAAUUUGUGUAGGAAUGUUUAUUAUAAAGCUGUUGAGGAAUGUCCGUGGUUAAAGGCUUUGUACAUUGAUGCUGCUGUUUAUAUUCCUGCUGAGUUACCUCAAAUUCAAGAUUUACUUAUUGAGAAGCAGUUAAGGCUUCAUGUAACUCCGGAAGAAUUAGAUAUUUUAAGAGGAUAAUUUAUCAGAUUAAAAUGUUAUUGCUACAAGAUUCUUAUUAAAAACAAAAUUUAUUAAUUAAUUUUGAGGGAGCUUUCCCUUCCACCGAAGAAGUGAGAGCUUUCCAUGACGUCACCAACCCCCCCACUCCAAAUAGGUAGACUGUGUUUGUAUCUCGCAGUCCUCGCAGUUUUAAGAACCAUUCGCGUUCGGUCUGCAAAACUCUUCGGCGUUGAGGAAAUAAAAAGAAACGGUACAAGAAAAACGGUGACAUCGUCGAUGUGUGAGUGAAUUGCAAAAGAAACGCGGUGUGUCAUGACUUUUUGACAUUUUAAAAGAAGUCGAAAUUGAGAGAAGGACCCAAAAUUGCAAGAACAACAUUAUUUGGUUAUUGGUAAGUUCUUUUUGAAAUAAAUUUUAGUUCCACCAAACAAUUUAAUAGGUUAAUUAAUUCUUUUACGAAGAAAA